AUUCAAAUAGUUAUAAAUAGAAAUUGGAUAUUCCAUUCAAACAACAAGAGCACAGGCAACAAAGAUUAGAAUCAACAGAAAAUGAUUCGAUAUUCCUGCUCUUAUGUUACAACCACACAUUGGAUCCUAGCUUACAGAUAUAAGAAAUUUGAACAAAAUAUGUUCUAAUUUACUGAAUCUUUGCUUGGAACUAAACUGAUUACAGAAAUGAUAUCUGAGUCUAGUAUAUCAUCAGAUGAUGAUGAUUGUAUUUUGGAAACACCUACCAAAGUUAAAGUCAGCCCUAGUUAUUCAAGAGAAAGCAAACUCCCAGUCUAUAAAGACAAAACUGAAGAAUCCAUGAACCACAAACCAGCUGAUAGUACACCUGUUGCUUGUAAUUCAAGUACAUCCGUAGCUCGUAAUUCAAGCUCUGAGUUGUAUGUGUUUGAUAGUGAUGCAAGUACCAUUCCAGAGAGUGAUCCGGAUUUGGAUAGUGAUGAUGAUGUAACCACGUAUAAGGCAUCACCACAACCCAUGGAAGAAAAAUGUAUCAACCUGGUAUCCUCAGACGAGGACGAAGAAUCUCAAAGUAUGUUACAGACUCAGCCGUCACAGAGCAAAACAAAACCCUCCCAAGACAGCAUGCCCAAUAAAGCUAAGAAAAUUGUAGAGUACCUCAAACAACCAGCAGUAAAAGAAAAAAUUGGGGCAUUUUUUCAAAAGGCCAUUAAGAUGCAAAAAGAAAAAGUGUGCAACUGGGAUGAAAAACAUGUGGUCAAACGUCAAGUCUCCAGCAACAACGAAGCAUCCACUUCGUUUAGCCAGUUAAAGUCCCCUACGUUUAGUAGAAGUUCGAAGCUCAGUUUGAAAAAAAAUGAUUCCCAAUCUGGAAACACAAGUAUGAGUCAAAGCACAGGUGGCACCCAUGACAUAUCUGACUCAGACAUUGUAUUACUGUUGUCUGAUGACUCCCAGCCCCCCACGCCAAAGAAAAAGGUGUUUCCCUCAUUUUCCAGCACACCAGUCCCUCGGUCAGCCAGUCAAGGUCUUGAUAACACCUCCCCAGUUUUUAAUAGCUCUCUAAGUGAAAAGCAGAGCUCCAGGAGUCAGUCAAAACUGAACAUCUUAUCACCAGUGGGUGACAACAUAGUAGUCUCUGAUGAUUUAAAUCGGUCGAUUCCUUCCUUAGAGAAGCAAGCUUCAACACAGUCCCCCAGAGAAGUGCUUGGUUCACCCCCUGUUCUUUCACAGUAUCCAAAUAAUGAACAUCUACCUGCAGAUGGAAUCACAAAUAGUCAAAAUGUAGAAAGUUCUAGAACGACACAGGAGAGCAAAAGAACAAGACAUGCCUCUUUAGACAGCGUUCAAACAACUGUUAAAAACAUAACCACACAGGAUUCAUCAUUGUUUACACAAAACACCUCCAAUGACACAGAAAAACAGGGUCUGUCAAUAAAGUCCAACAUUCUAAAAUGUAUCAGUAUGUUAGAUAGAUCCCAGGGAACUACACAACAGCUUGCUGAUGCUGCGGCUUUGAAUGUUGAAACUAACACACCAAAUUCUCCAACAACCAUUAUUAACAUUCCCCAAUCUGUUCCUAACGAAACUACCCUGGCAAAUGAACCAUCACCUGUACUUAGUGUAACUGUGAGUGCUAGAACUGAAGGUCAAGAACAAGUGGUCAUUAAACACGAACCUGAUGAGGGUGAACAAGACGAGGAGUUUGAGGUUAACUACUCCGUUAUUGAUAAUGUCGUUCACAUUUUUGAUUCUGAUGAUGAAGAGCUGUAUUUGACUCAGUCUGUUGUUGAAAGUCCACAUAAACUGAAAAGCAAACAUACUGUUGAUGAUGAUGAAAUGAACUCUGAAGAUGAGUUAGUCUUAACUGAUAAUGAAGGGGAUGAGGUUAAGACUGUCAGCUCUGAACACACUGCUGAGGAGGAUGAUUAUGAAUGCAUGACACAACUUGAUGAUGACGAAUUACUUGCUCAUAGCCAAGUUGAUUAUGUUUUUGACACUGAGGAGGAUAGCGAUAAAACUACAGACGAGGCCCAAGACCAUUGUCUCUCAUCAGAAGACAGCCAAGAUAAGAUGUUGGUUUUUAAAGAAGUUUUUGAAAUGGAAACUCAGGAGGAUCCUAAGUCUAGACAAAAAAAUGGGGCUUUGGGAAAUACAAGCAUACAGGAGGGGUUUCAAGACAGCUCUGAAGAUUCUGACAGUUCUGAUUUAGAAAAUAUUUCAUACUCCUUUUUAACACAAGUAGACUCACCUAAAAAGAAAAAAAGACACAAAAAAACUUCAAACAGAAAACAAUCGGAGGAGGUAGAUCCAUACCUAAUACCCACCCAGUGCUCCAGCAAGGAAGAAAGUGUCAGGGAUGAAAAUAAAAACAAAAUCACUAAGGUGGGAAUGUUUAGAAGACCAAACAAAGCUGAUGAAUCUCCACAAGUUUCCAAAAAAUCUGGCAAAGAUGUAGCAGAUGCCCAAGUUGAUUUGGAUUAUGAUAAUGAUGAUGAUGCAUAUGAUGCCCCUACACAAAUCUGCAAGAAAACAGGUGAUGAUGAAGACAUUGAUGAUUUAUAUUUCAGACCAACGCAGAUGCUAAACAAAGAAAUGGAUGAUGAAGAUUCAGAUAUGUAUGAUGCACCGACACAGGUCGUACAAAAACACAGUGAUGAUGCAGACUCUGAUGCACAUGAUGCAGACUCAGAUUUGUAUGAUGCACCUACACAGGUCGUACAAAAACAUGAUGAUGCAGACUCUGAUGCAGAUUCAUAUUUGUAUGAUGCACUUACACAGGUUGUACAAAAACCUACGGAUGAUGCAGACUCAGAUCUGUAUGAUGCACCUACGCAGGUCAUGCAAAAACACAAUGAUGAUGCAGACUCAGAUCUGUAUGAUGCACCUACGCAGGUCAUGCAAAAACACAAUGAUGAUGCAGACUCAGAUUUGUAUGAUGCACCUACACAGGUAGCACAAAAACACAAUGAUGACGCAGAAUCAGAUUUGUAUGAUGCACCUACACAGGUAGCACAAAAACACAAUGAUGACGCAGAGGUGGAUGAUUUAUAUUUUAUACCAACACAAAUGCUAGAAAAAGAAUGUGAUGAUUUGUAUGACGCACCUACGCAAAUCAUAAAUAGUAGUGAUAGGGAUGUAGAGGCUGUUGGUGCUGACUUGACACAGCCCAGUGAAAACAUCCCUUGUCCACUUGACGAUAAAACACAAAGUGAUGAUGAAAAUGAUAUUUAUAAUAUGGCGACGCAGCCUUUCUUUAGUAAAGAUGUAACAGAUGAUGAGGAAAGUAAAAAAGCUAAAAAGAAAAAAGAUGUUCAACUUAAACAUGGUAACGGGAGUGUCUCUAGUCCACGUGACAAAGUAAGUCGUAAUGAAAAUGAGGAUGACAUUUACAAUAUGGCGACUCAGCCUUUAAUGGCUGCAGAUUCUGAUGAUGAACCCAGUAGUGAGGAAUUUAAAGUUAAACAUGACAAGAAGAACAAAGUAACAGAUGUUGAACAGAGUAAUGAAAACAUUCAUACUCAAAGCGAAGAUGAAGAUGAUGUUUACAACAUGGUGACUCAGCCUUUUUUUUCUACAGAUUUGAAGGAGGAGAGGAUCAAUGAUUUAAAAGGUAAACACCACAUGAAAAAACCAGGGCCGUCUUCUUCUACUGAGGAGACCCAUUCUCUACAUGAUCCAUAUAGCUCUGCCACGCAGCUAUCAGCCAAAGACUUGUCACCAGACUCAAGUGAUCAGGCUGACCAAAACAUCAAGACUCAAAGUUACAAAAAUAAAGAAGUAGGUGAACAUAAAAGGAAGCCUCAUUCUGAUGAACAUAGCUCUCAUAAAGAUGUAGGUGAACAUAAAAAGAAGCCUUAUUCAAGUGAACAUAGGUCUCAUAAAGAAGUAGGUCAACAUGAAAGGAAGCCUCAUUCUGGUGAAAGCAGCACUCAAGAAAGGGACAGCAGUACAAACAACUCAAACACAUUUGUCAUCAGUAACUACAAAGGUUAUGUGUCCUUAAUACCCAAACCUUUUGUUUCUUUAUUAAAGGAUAAAUCUAGUAAAACGGUAUCUGAAAAAUCACCAAAUAGUUCUGAAGUUUUAGCCACCGAAGCUAAGACCACACAGCAUAAAAGUGAUGUACACCAAAAGGUUAAAGUUAAAAAAUAUAAAGAACAAGUUGAUUCAAAAACACAAGAGUCAGAUAAAAAAGCAUCCAGUAAAAAAGUAAAAAGUGGGUCUGUGUCAGAGUCAUCCUACCCAAGAAGUGUUAGUCGGAAGAAAGAUAAAGAUACUUCCAAAGAUGUUUUAUCCACAAGUUCACGUGAUGAUCCUGAUAUUAAAAAAAACCACUCUAAAACUGAUCCAGAUGGUGUAGUAAAAAUCUGCAGUUCAAAACACUCUUUGGCUGAUGCAAAAAUUAAAAACCUUAAGCAACCAGACAAACAAAAUAGUCAUUCAAGUAGUUUGGAACACAAUUCGAAAAAUGUAUUUGAGACUUUCACUAAUGAAGAACUUUCAAAAACUGUGAACCGUAGUCAGAGUUUUGAUGAGACUGCACUGCAGAAUUCAGUUAAAACAAAAACCUCCAACCAACUUGAAAAGCAAAGCCUGUCUGUUGACGAAUCAUUGCUUGAUGUAGGCAAAGAAGGGCGUGUUUCAGAUAAAGGAUUAUUGAACGCAGUUGUGUCCAAAGCAAUUAAACGAUCUUCUGGGAUCGAAUAUAAACCAUGUUCAAAGAAAUCUAAGAUAGAAAAAGAUACCAAUGAAGAUAAAUUGAUCUCAGUAACAUCAAGUGCUUCAGCUGCCCCAAUAUCUAGAAAAAGACCACAUGAAUCAUCUAGAUCAUCUAAUUCAUCACCUAAAAAACAGCCGAGUACAUCUAAACUCAUAGCACCACAAAUUGAUAAAAAGGCAUUUGCCCGUCAUGUGGCAUCGGUUUGGAAUAAAAUAAAACAAAGCCAACCCAAAAAAUCUCCAGCCAAAAAAGCGAGGAAAGAAGCGACAAAAGCUAAGGCGGGUGAUAAAAUAACCAUGGGUAUUGAGGCAGCAAAGCAGAAAUUAUUUGAGCGCGAGUUACUAGGUAAAAAGCUAACUGCCGUCGCAGACAUUGCCCCCAAAGUACUUUUUGUUCGCUCUGUAUCACGAGAAGAGAGCACAGACGUGGAAAUGCCUUGCACACAGGAAAUCAUGGCCCAUGGUUUGCCUAUUCUCUCUGCCCCAAUACCAGUGAGACGGGGGCAAACACUGGAAAAGGAAGACAAUUCAAUUAUAAACGCAGACGCUAUAAGCACAAAGAACAAUGUGAAUGAAAAUAGAAAAACUGAAAGUAAAAAUACCCCGGUCGCAAGUCCCUUGGUUGAGGAUGGAGCUAAACUGUCAUUAAAUAUGAUAGAACCUUCUAGUAGCUCAUCUACUGCAGGAUCUAAAAAUUCAAAAGUAGAAACCAGUUUUCCGCAAUCAGUUUCUAAACUUGAAGCUACUGAGCCAAACAGAAGUAAAAUCCCAGAUACCAUAUCACCAUCCUCAGCUGUGAAAAAUCCAACCAUUUCAUCAGUGUCAACAUGUAUUUCUUCAAAAUCUGUUUCAGAUAAAGAGCCAGUUAAAAAAGCUGUGCUUUUUGAAAGCUCAAAAUCUGUCUCAGAUAGAGAGCCAGUUAAAAAAGCUGUGCUUUUUGAAAGCUCAAAAUCUGUCUCAGAUAGAGAGCCACUUAAAAAAGCCGUGCUUUUAGAAAACGUAUUACCCAAACGUACACAGAAUGCAAUAGCCACACCAAAGAGCAUCCUGAGAGAGCCUAACAGGCCAUCAGGCAAUACUGGAAAAAAUGUCAACUUCAAUGAUGCUUCCUUAAGCAGUGUUAGGUUUAUAUCUAAGGAGACAUCACCAUUUAGUCACAUUUUCAGAAAUGUUCAGAAGCUGAAGGAUAAUCCACAGCUGGAUGUAAAUAAAAUUAAAGAAUGGACAUUCAGAAUUCUUAAUUGGAACCCUGAUUGGCUUAAAGAGUAUGAGAAGCAAUUGUCAAAAAACUUGAAGGAGCAAAAACCACCACCUUUGCUUGGGGAUACCACAUAUUCAAGGCUGAGAAUGUAUUAUGAAUCUGUUAAAGAAUAUCAGGACAUUACCUCCAAGCUUUUACUCCUGGAGAUAUGGGAAUCAAUAUACCAAGACUGGAAACAGAAACAAGGCAGAAGUUGGAGCUGUAAAGUCCAUUUGGAUGGGGUUCCUCAUGAUCCUGAUAAAAACAGGAGGUCAAAAGACGGCAAUAAUUUCUCCCUCUUAACAGUUAAAGUGGUUGCUGCAGUCAGCAACCAGGAGAGACGGGAGAUUCCAUCACCAGGAGACCUCCUAGUACUAGAUGCUUGGGGGGUUCUUAAAUCUAAGCCUAAAGAUAAUCCACUGACAAACCCACAGUUUGCCCUCGUCAAAAAUGUCUUUUUCUUGAAGAUUGCAGACAAAAACAGGCUCUGUGAAACAUAUCCUCUUUUUGGCAAAGAGCCAGUCCCAGCAAUGAAAGAAAAUAAUUUUAUUGUUGUCUGCCUCACACUCGAUGUUGCAUUUAAAGUAAACUUCUGCAAUGUCCAGUUAAUGAACAUCAGGAAAAUCGCCAAUUUAAAAACAGCCCAGCGACAGUUGGAGGCGCUUGCCAUGCUACCAGAAUCUCCGCUCUGCUCACAACUUCUCUGUCCAAGUAACCCACAAGUUUAUUUUAAUGAUCCCAUUGACCCUGAACCUCAACUCUUAGCUAAAUUAAACAGCGAACAAGCCAAUGCUGUGGCCACAAUCAAGGACUCUGUACUAAAAAGGAAUAGCAGCGAAAAGGUGUUUUUUAUCCAAGGACCAGCUGGCACAGGAAAGUCUUACACAAUUCUAGUACUCAUCCAUCAAAUUUUAGUUGCCACUAGGUUUCAAGCUCGAAUUUGUCUUGCCACCCCUUCUAAUGCUGCCGUUGAUGAAUUAGCCAAAAGAAUAAUUAAUUUUUCUAAUAAACUAAAAGUCAAAAAGCUACACAGUAUCUCUCUUGUGAGAGUUGGAAAUCCAAACAGUAUUCACCCUGAGGUUAAGCCUUAUUAUUGGGAAACUUUAGCAGAUCUUCACUGCAAGAAGUCGAGCAAAACUGUACUUCCUACCAGCUUGCAAGAUGAGCUGUCAUAUUUCAAAGAUCAAGCAGCCUCACUGCAAGCAGAUUUAAAGAACGUACACAUUCCUCGCGCAGCUAAAGCAUCCAAAAAAGCAACAUUAAAGGAUUAUGAAACUAAAAUAAGAAAUUUAGAAUCUGAAGUUACGAACAAACAGGCCACGGCCAGGGAAAAGUACGAAGCAAGGUGCAAUAUAUUUGAUAACGCCCACGUCAUUUGUGGCACAUUAAACAGUCUUGGAGCAGAGAAUUUGAAAGAUUUUUUGCUCAGGAAAGAGAACAAACGUCAUAAAAAUUGCCCAUUCACAUGCUUAAUUAUUGAUGAGGCAACUCAAGCUAUUGAGGCAGAAUGCCUGAUUCCCUUAAAGUACAAAAUAUCCAAAAUGAUUUUGGUCGGGGACCACAAACAGCUUCCAGCCACAGUCUUGUCCCAGAAAGCAGCACAGCUGGAGCUUAGUCGAUCCCUGUUUGAGAGACUAAAUCUUCGCUUUGAGGAGGUUCAGAAAGUUCAGAAAGAGGAGCCAGUUAUUUCCCCCAUCAUGCUCUUGGUCAAGCAGUACCGCAUGCACCCAGAGAUCCUCUCCUUACCCAACAAUCUUUUCUAUGAUGGAAAGCUACAAAAUGACAUAUCAGUGCAAAAUCGCAAGUCUGUUCUGUCCCCCUAUCUUGUUUUUGAUAUUCAUGGAGGAAAAGAAUCUUUGCGUGUUGGUGGUGAUAGGUCUUUGGCUAAUGUCCCUGAAGCUGUUUGCACUGCAGAGCUUUGCCUUAUUGUGAUAAAAGCAUUGAAGAUAACUAAGGACCAUGUUCGUGAUCGGAUUGGAGUGAUCUGCCCUUACGCUGAACAAAAACAAACUAUUCUGGAAUGUUUAAGAAAAAGAGAACUGCACCAGAUUGAUGUCAACACAGUGGAUGGGUUCCAGGGUCAGGAGAGGGAUGUCAUCAUCAUGUCAUGCGUCAGGGCACAGGGUGCCACUGCUUCUAUAGGAUUUUUAGCAGACAAGAGAAGGAUGAACGUGUCGCUGACUAGAGCAAAGUAUGCCAUGUACGUUCUGGGUCAUUUUGAGACACUGAAAACAAAUGGUCUAUGGGAAGAACUUCACAAAGACGCAGCAGAAAGAAAUUUGCUUGUUGAUGUUACAGACGUUUCUAGGUUUUCUGACAUCGCAAGUAGAAAACUUAUGUACACGUCUAGCCGUAGUAGUUAAACCACUGUAGAAACAUAACCCCCUAUCAUUAGAUUGUGAUAAUCCAAAUGAGUGAACAUUCAUUGAUAGUUAAAUCAAUGUUGAAACAUAAAUCCAACUGUUGUUGCGGAAAAUACUAUAUGAAUGAACAUUAUAACUAGAUGAAUUACAAUCCAUAUGGUUCAUUUAGCUGCCUUUCACACACUGGUGUUCAUUAGCUUUAUGUGAUAUACUAUGUGCAAAUAUUUUUGUUAUAUAUUGGUAAUGGAAAUAAUUCUAAUGAAAAUUGAUGUUUAUUGGCUUGUAGGUGAUGUAGUGUAUAUACUUUAUUAUUUUGGUAAAUUACUUCACUGAAAUAAUGUUAAUUGAUGUGCAUUGGAUAAAUGUAUAAACUUUAUUAUGUUAGUAAAUUACUUCAAGGAAAUUAUGUUAAUUUAUGUGCAUUGGGUAAAUGUAUAAACUUUAUUAUGUUAGUAAAUUACUUCAUGGAAAUUAUGUUAAUUUACGUGCAUUGGGUAAAUGUAUAAACUUUAUUAUGUUAGUAAAUUACUUCAUGGAAAUUAUGUAAAUGUACUUAUGUAUAGACUUUAUUAUGUUAGCCAAACUUUUUGUUGGGCAGCCCCUGAUUCCACCCAGGGAAAGUAAAGCCUGAUGGGUGUAGUGCUGACAACACAAUGCCUAUGCUGAAGAAAGAAAACUCUACUUCCUCAGUGCUAUGGGCCAGUUGUGUAUUUUUUAAAAACUGUUUCAUGUAUCUGUGUAUAUAGUUUAUGUAGACAGUCCUUGUUUGUUUUUCGAUUUUCUCCAUAUUAUCUAAAGCUAUCUCCCAGUUAUUGUAUUCUUAAUGAGGUAGACUAAAAGCUUUUAUUGUACCAAGUGCUUUUUGUAAUAAUGCAUUUACUGUAGCAUUAAUGUUGUGCCUUGUUUCAAUAUCAUUAAUAUUUUGAUUUAAAAAUUAUUUUACAAUGCCAUACCUCAGUCUAAGAAUAAAAACCAACAACUUUUGUCUAUGUAGUUUAAGUAUUUAAUUAAUUUACUUUAUGCAUAAUGUUGAUCACAUUUUGAUGUAAAUAAUUUUUAAGUAGUAUAUAAUCUUUGCUUUUUCAUUAUUUGGUGCUUUCAGUUUGGUAACUUCCCCUUCCUGAUAUUUUUACAAUUCUGUAGCUGCAGCAUUUUAAAAAUUCACCUUAUUUAUGGUCUCAUUACCACAACAAACAUUAGCAAGAAGCUUGAGUUGUUUUAUUUUUACAAGCUUUUUUUUUUUAAGUAACAGUUUCUGGCCGGCUGGUUGUGGGUGGGUUGGUGAUCGAUUCUUUGAUUCUUGUAGCUCAAUUUUGACCUACAUCUAAUGUAGAGGUUUUGGUCGAACCUUCUAAAUAAAUUCAUUUUCAAUGACAUUGCAAGAUAUUCAAUUAGUCAUUAAGAAUUAAUCUAAAAAUUUUAUAUAUUCAGUAACAAAAAGGGAAGAAAAAGGAUUAAGUAUUAGGGAUUAAGUACAACACGCCAGGUGAUUAAGGUGAUUUUUGUUCACUGAUCUUUUCAUACCUGAGAUAUAACCUUAUAUGUUAAUAAGGGGGGAUGUUUGUUGUUUAGAGUUAAGAUCCCUAGCUACUGAUUUGGUUUUAAAGUAAAUAUUUUCUCAUGCAAGUUUUGACUUAAUAAAGAACAAACAAAAUAAAGGUUGAAAAUGAUAAUACUAAUUUAAAAA